AUGAAGGUCUCUACUCAAAUCCUAGCUACAAGUGCUAUUGCCUUUACUGCCACCGCACUGGCAAUGCCGUCGAUGUCCAAGAGGGUUAUUGAUGGAACCAAAGUUCUCGGUUGUUUAGCGAGUACCUUUAUGAAGGGUGACGAGGCUUGGAGCCCAGAAUGUGCUGCAGCUGCAGCGACUGAUAUCGGCCUUGCCCAAGAGGUUAGCCUUGGCGAAUUCGAUAUUGAUUUUGCAAGCUCUGACCCAAUGAGUAUGCCAAUUUCCCUACCAAAUUUGCAGGUGAGAUUGGCCUCGCUCCCUGGAACCAGUUGGCCAAUUGUCAGCCUUGCUAAUCAUCAUAAUAUUAUUGACAAUGGUGUUGCAAUCGCAGAGUUUGAUUUUCCAAUGGCCCCUGCCGAGGUUAAAGACAGCAUUGUCAAAAAUCCGAUCGAGAGAAAUGUAGUAAAUAUUUUACCAGGACUUGAAGAUGCAUUCUCCAACUACCUCGCGAAUAUCAUUACCAAGCCCUCAUAUACAUUCUCCAUCGGAGGGAAUGUUGAUGCUUCGCUCAAGGUUCCAUCCCUUUCAGGCAACAGUAAGUCCAGUGAUGCGGAUUCCUCGAAGACACUAACUGCCACCAACAUUGGUAUCUCGGCCCCCGUCACUGUACGAGGUUUGGAUAACCUCCAAAAGAUUGAGUAUGUGGAGCUAGUGAGUCUUACCAAGGAUGCCGAUUCGGGUGUUACCACAGUGGCACAAAAGUUGAAUAUUCAUAACCCUUCGGAGCUUAGCAUGAAUAUUGGAGACAUUGCGCUCAACAUACUCAACGCUAAUGGAGACUUGAUGGGAGUUAUUAAUAUACCGAGCCUAUACUUGGCCAUUGGUGACAACGCUGUGACAGCUACCGCAACGUUCACUGAUCCCGAUACCUACAAUACCCUAACGACCAAGAGCAAUACUUUUACACUUGCAGGUUUUGAUGGCUCCGUGAAGAAUCCUAUCCUAGCCAAAGCACUGUGUUCAUUUGUGUCCCACAUUGCGUUCCCCAAGCUUGAAGCUGAAUAA